AUGGGAAGAGGGAGAGUUGAGCUGAAGCGGAUCGAGAACAAGAUAACAAGACAAGUAACAUUCUCAAAAAGGAGAACAGGAUUGCUAAAGAAAGCUCAUGAGAUCUCUGUGUUGUGUGAUGCUGAUGUUGCUCUUAUUAUUUUCUCUACUAAAGGCAAAAUCUUUGAGUACUCUACUCACUCCAGUAUGGAGUCUAUUCUUGAGAGGUAUGAAAGGUAUUCUUAUGCCGAAAAAUCGCUUACUGCUCCUGAGAUUGAGACACAGGCAAGUUGGACUCUUGAAUCCUCAAAACUCAAGACAAAGAUUGAAGUUCUUGAAAAGAACAUAAGGCAUUAUGUUGGGGAAGACCUGGAGCAAUUAAACCUACGAGAGCUUCAAAAUGUGGAUCAACAACUCGAAACAGCUCUUAAACGAGUGCGUACGAAGAAGAACCAACUCAUGCAUGAGUCCAUCUCCCAGCUCCAUAAGAAGGAGAGGACUUUGCAAGAGCGAAACAACACACUCUUAAAGAAGUUGAAAGAGAAUGAGAAGAGUAGUGAGCAACAAAAUGAAAGGUUACAGUUACCUCAGCCACCACAGCUAUCUCAGCCGCCACAAUUACCUCGGCCACCACCACAGCAACCACAUGUGGAUCCUUCAUAUGCAACCAGCAGUGGAGUGUUAAUUGGAUCAGCCAUGAGAGAGGAGGAAUUAUCUCGAGCUCAUCCAGUUUCUGGAACAAUGAUGCCACCGUGGAUGAUCCGCCACCUUAACCAAUAAAGAGCUUAUGGCAAUUGAUCUCAAUCUGUUGAUUGUAUUUAUAGAAUGAUAUAAAAGUAUGUAUUU